AUGGAUUCGUUAAUAAAUAGUUCAUAUGCACUCAGUCAUCCGGUCCUCAAACCAGAAGCAUGGCAAACAUGGGGUAUUGGUAUGGUAAUUGUGACGAUCUCAGCAUUUGCUUCACCAUCAUGCAUUCUGUUUGUACCAUUACUAAAUAAAAAGCUUUACGAACGUGUUAUGACAUUUCUGGUUGCUGUCGGUAUUGGUGCACUUUCUGGCUCAGUCGCUUUCGAGGUACCAGAAAGAGAAGGCUUGAUAAAAUCGUUAAUCAUCCUCGGAUCUUUGUAUGCAUUUUUUGCCGUUGAUAGAAUACUCAAAUUUGCAAUGGAAAUAAAACGACAGCGAAAGUCACGGGAACUGAUGAAGACUGACAAAACCAACAAAAGGGAUCUCGAGAUGACACUUCCCAAACCAGGAAGUCAUAAAAAUUUUCAUAAUAAAGAUGAAAUUGAACAAAUUCAGGCUGAAAUAGAAAGUGCAGCAGUUAAUUCAGCCAUCACAAGAACGUUUUCAACACGUAAAAAAGUUCCCGUAAUUAUGCAUGUGGAAGACACAAGGGGUGACACAGACAAUAAUAACUCCUUGCAAGUGCCACAACCGAUCGCUACCAUUUAUUCCACUUCUCCAACACUUUCUCAAAGACGGAGGAAUCAAGUGAGAGAAGGAGAUAAAAUAAGCGUAUCUGUAGCUGUGGUUGAGCAGAUUGAAGUUCGACCAGAAACAUUGGAAAUCUCCAGUAUCGCUUACAUGAUCUUGUUUGGCUCCUCAGCUAAUAACUUCGUUGACGGAAUGAGUAAUGGGGUUGCUUUCGCGGAUUCUUUGGGUCGUGGCCUCAGUAUUGGCAUUGCAUGUAUUGCGCAACAAUUUCCGCAAGAAUUAGGUACUCUUGCUAUUUUAGUUCAAUCAGGACUGGGUCUUAAGAAAACAUUACUAUUGAAUUUAAUACCUGGUGGCUUGAGUUAUCUUGGAUUCACCAUCGGAGCACUAUUGGAUGAUUAUAGCGAAUGCGCUGAUACAUUCGUUUUUGCUGUUUCAUCCGGAAUGUAUCUUUAUGUUUUCUUGGGCACCUUGAUUCCAGAAAUGCGUGAAGCAACUACUGAAUUAAUCAAUAAUAACUAUCACGAAAGUAUAAUUGUUACUGUGUUGCAAAGUAUAGGUCUCCUACUCGGCCUCUCUUUCAUCUAUUUUAUGUCAUUGUAUGCUGAUAAAAUACAAUUCUGA